AUGACGGAGUGCGGGCUUUCGUACGCCGUUAUCGCCAUCGUCGGACCGCAGAGCAGCGGCAAGAGCACGCUGCUGAAUCAUCUCUUCCACACCACCUUCGAUGAGAUGGACGCUCUCAAGGGCAGGCGGCAGACGACGCAGGGCAUCUGGGUGGCGGAGGCGCGGGGCAUUCGGCCGUUCACCCUCGUGCUGGACAUCGAGGGCACUGACAGCCGCGAGCGCGGCGAGGACGACACCACGUUUGAGAAGCAGAGCUCGCUCUUCGCCCUCGCUGUCGCUGACGUCAUCAUUGUUAACAUGUGGUGCCACGACAUUGGUCGAGAGCAAGCUUCCAACAAACCGUUGCUCAAGACGGUGUUUCAGGUGAUGAUGCGCCUCUUCACGCCCCGCAAGGCCACACUGCUCUUUGUUAUCCGCGAUAAGACCAAGACACCCAUGGAGACGUUGGAGCCCAUAUUGAGGGAGGACAUUCACAAGAUAUGGCAGAGUGUGCCCAAGCCACAGAAGCAUCAGGACACACCCUUCGCAGACUUCUUCAACGUGGAGGUCACAGCUCUCCCCAACUUCGAGGAGAGAGAGGAGGAGUUCAAGAGCCAGGUGGCAUGGCUGCGAGAUCGCUUCCAGAAUUCGGUGGCGGAGGGGCGGCUGGCGGGGGACCGGCGGGGGGUGGUGCCGGCAUCGGGCUUCCCCCUGAGUGUGGCGGAGAUGUGGCGCGUGAUUCGUGAGAACAAGGACCUCGACCUGCCCGCGCACAAGGUGAUGGUGGCGACGGUGCGCUGCGAGCAGAUCGCCACGGAGAAGCUCGCGCUGCUGCAGGACAGCGAGGAGUGGGUGGAGGUGCAGGCAGCAGUGGAGGCGGGCAGGGAGGCAGAGCACUUUGGUGGGUGGGCCAAUGACCUCGCAGCUAGUGCACUCGCCACGUACGACGCAGAGGCGGCAUACUUCGAGGAGGGUGUGAGGGACAGCAAGCGUCAGUUCCUGCUCAAAGGCAUGAGCGCCCUCAUCCGCCCAGUGCACACGGCAGUGGUGGCGGCGGCAGCAGCGCGCUGCCUGGACUCGUUCAAGAGGGACCUGGACGAUGCCACAGGGGGUCGCGAGGGCAGCGCUGCUUCCUUUGCUGAUUCUGCUGCCGCCUGCCUCCAGGCCGCCGCACUUUCUUUCGAGUCCGAUGUUGAGGACGCUGACGUGGCGCUGUUCAAUUGGUCGGUGGACGAAGUGAGGACGAAGCUUAUGGCGGACAUGGAAUCCCACGUGGCGUCGCUGCGAUCCCAGAAGCUCAAACAAAUCGUCACAGAUGCAGAGGCGUCCCUGUCAGAUGCGAUUUCAGAGCCAAUAGCAGCGCUACUAGAAGCUGUGACGGACAACACGUGGCGGGACAUCAGGGCCGUGUUCUUCCACCAGCUGGACGCCGCCUGCAGCGACGUGGAGCAGGCCGUGGCUGGGUUCCAGUUGGGGGAGGACGAGCAGGCGCGGCUGAAGGGAACGGUGGAGGCGGCGGGGCGGAAGGUGGUGGAGGAGCGCGUGAAGAGGGAGAGCCAGCAUGCACUGUCGCUGAUGAAAGACAGGUUCUUCGCAGUGUUCUCGCAGGACGACCAGGGUCUGCCGCGCAAGUGGACGGAGGGGGACGUCAUCAAGGCCAUCGCGUUCGACGCUCGCAAGGCGGCGCUGAGACUGCUGGCAGUGGUGGCGGCCAUGCGGCUGGACACUGUAGACGAUUCCAUCGAACCCACGCUCUUCCCUGCUCAAAUACCCCCCUUGCACACCUUCUCCCCCCCCUCCCCCGCCCGUCAGGUCGCCCCAGACUGUACGUUCCUGACGCCCGGGCAGUGCCGAGCGCUGUGGGGCAAGUUCAAGGCAGAGACACAAUACGUGGUGGCGCAGGCCAUGCAGACGCAGGAGGCGAGUCGGCGCAACAACGCGUGGCUGCCCCCCCCAUGGGCCAUUCUAGCGAUGGUGGUGCUGGGGUGGAACGAGUUCAUGGCUGUGCUCAGGAACCCCGUGCUGCUGUUGCUGGGGGUGUUUGUCUUCUUCAUCGGCCGCGAAGUCAUGUCUCAGCUGGACCUGGGAGGCAUCUUCGACAACGGCCUGGUACCUGGUCUCAUCACCCUGGCAGCGCGAGCAGGCCCCAUAAUCAUCGCCGUGCUGCGGCGGCUGGGCGAGCAGGCAGAGGCGGCUCUGAGCGCACACAACGCCCCCGUGCCGGGGCCACUGCGCCCCAACUGGCGCAGCGAGGGGGACGACGAUGGGGGUGAUGUGGCGAUGCGGGAUUUCAGCGCGGGGAGCAGUGGGGAGGGGGGGCUGAGGCAACGAGGGAGCAGGCGGGAGGGAGAGGGCACGUGA